AUGCGGUAUGAAUCCACUCAGUGUAACGAGGUAGGCACAGUAACGAUUCUCAUGAAUCGUUCCAUCUCGGGUCACCCGGAACCUAUCCGAAGGCCCCGACUCUGCCCUGCCCCCUGCUGUUACCCCUAUUUCCCCAUGUAUUUAGUCAUUAAGUCCCCACGCACUCCCAUAUGUCUGAGUGGAUUCCUACCGCAUUCAGACCCAUUCACUGUUUCUGGGCUUCCUGAGAUGAAUGAUGGGUUUGGAUAUGAUCGGCUGACUUAUGAGAUAACUUCACUACGUUUCGCGAGUAGGUCCUGUAAUGAUAUUGAGCAUGCAGUGAUUAGGGCUGCGAAGGACAACCACCACCGAAAUUGCGAUCCGAACGCCAGCGAAAUCAAUCAUCUUGCUUUCCCAGUCCACCUUGUAGGACAACAGAGGUAUUCCGAUGAACAAAAUGUGGAGGAGAUUAUCGGGGAAAAAUCUGGACGUGUGAUACAGUGGCGAACCAGCGCCAAAUCGAACCCCGUUAGUCAGUCCUGUUUACUCAUCACUCCUAUUUGGACUAUGCAUACCUUUCUUUUAACCAUCAACCUCGCCGAACCAAGCCAGAUGAAUGCAAAGCUAUCCCGCGACCACCUCGCGCCUCGUUUCGCCGAACCAAACCAGCCACGUCUAGUGACAUCCAAGCAGACAAUUAUUUAUCAAGAUCUGCAUUCCCAUGCAAGGGUUUCUGCUCGAUAUGCGAGACCCAUGGCGCGCCAGUCCAUAACCCUCUCCGCCCAAUUUCCCAAACGCAAGCAAACGCCACCUGCCCAGAUCUUUCGUGCUACGUGGGCUGCUCUCCUUUCUCUUUUCCUUUCAUCUGGAUUUAUUUUCACGGUCGCUCUCACCACAGAUGGAAAACCGAAAACAGGAUUGUGGACGUCGAAUGCCUCCGUCUUCAUCGCGCUUGGCGCAACCAUCCUGAAAGGCUCCGUUGCGGCGCUUCUCGGUGUAGCUCUAUACCAGCAUUUGUGGCUGCGACUCAGCAACCACGAGGGCGAGGAAUAUGGCUUGAGCAUCAAAAAUAUCGAAUCACUACAUCUGGCAUCGCGCCUGUCUGUUGGGAUGUUGAGCCGGCCUUCAACCGCGCUGGCAUGGUUCACUGGCCUCGUGUGCUUCCUCGCAACGUCGGCGACAAUCCCUGCACUUCAGGCUGGAGUCGAGACCGGUAGUCGCAUUGAGAUUAUGCCUACGACGGUGAAGAUACAGCAUGCACAGUUGGAUCCCCGGAUGGCGGCCCGAUCGGGCGCUGUGCUGUACCCCCAGAAUGCCAUGCCGAAUAUCAAGCGCUCCGCAACGAUUGCUGUUUUUGGCGAAACCGGGAGUCAGCCUUACACGCAGCAGAACUUGACGGGGAAAGCGAGCUUUGGACCCAUUGAUUUUGUGGACGUGGAAUGCGCUAUUGUCGAGACACCUGGUGUGGUAAUAGCCACGAGAUCGGACCAAUGGUACUACAACUUCACGGCUCGAUUUGAGCAGCCUAUUCCCUUCGGCCCCAACUCCUUUUUAGAAUACAUUUUCGCCUCCCUUGCUUUCAACGCUACGAUGAACAACGGAACCCACUUCCUCUCACACGCUUGCUCACUCAGGCCUGCGCGGGGUGUCUGUAGAACAACAAUCUCUGGCGGGAACGGGAUCAUGAAGGACCUCCACUGCACGCGGCAGUCCUGGAUGGACCCUAUUCCCGCACAGAUCGAAGGCCCAGCGACAGGAUUUUACGGAAUCGCUGCCGCGUUCGUCGAUGUCUUCAAUGGCGAAGCCUGGACGACAUACCAGCAGGGGCGUCCGCAGCAAAACAGCACUUUUAUCGCUGCUACAGCACGCUUCACCAAUCGAACCACUUUUAUCCUCCCUAGCGAUCUCGUCAGCCACGUUCAGCGUACAAUUUGGCACGCGCCGCUGAAUGCUCGUCCGCUGAACAUACCUGCCGACGCCGUUGGAGGACCGUACGAUCUCAACUCUACCGUCGAUAUGAUUGUACAGGACGAGCGGCUUGUCUUUAUCACCCAAUUCGAUUACCGCAUUCUUGGGAUAGUAGUUGGUGUCUCCAUCCUCCUAGGUCUUGGUUCCCUUCUCUAUCUCGUCGCGGCGGAGAAUUCGACACUGGGGCGCUUGAUGCGUGAUUCCUUAGUCCAUUCGCUAACUAUUGGCGGCAUUAAUGGUCCAGGGAUACCAAAUUCGUGUAUGGCGGGACUGGAAACGGUUUUGGAUGUUGUGGGGGAGACGAGGAGGGUUUAUGGGGUUGUGACUCAGUCAACUACUAGCUCGCCUGGACAUUUAGCGAUGAGAAGUGACUUUGGGGCGCUGUCGUAUGAGGACUGGAGGUGUGAAUACGAGCCAGUGGAGAGUUUUUUUGGCGCGCUCAAGGAAAUAUCCGCGCAGACUAAAGAUCCAUCACUAAAUCUCAUCGUUAAUUGA